AUGCUUUGGCCAGUACUUGCACAGGUUUUGGAAGUUGGAGGCGUCUAUCUGUGUGGACUGCCAUUACCCGAUCGACGAUGCAGAGCACGUGUUCUUCGUAUGCGGCCGAUGGUGGAGGGAGCGACGGGCACUCGAGGUAGAACUGGAGGAGGAUAUGAAUCCGGAGACCAUAAUCAGCAGAAUGCUGAAGAAGCGCAGCAAUUGAGAAGCGGUGAAGAAAUUUGUGGAACACGUGCAGUCCAUGAGGGAACACGAAGAAAGGGUAAGACAACGCAACGCAAUUAA